GGGACACAAACCGGACAAACCGCCAGAGAAGCACGAAUGUGGAGAAGAAAAAAAUCACUGCUAGUGGUUGUGUGAAAUCAUCUGUGUAUCUCUGGGCUCUCUUUGUUUCUUCGUCCAGCUCAACCUUUUGCCUCUGUUUGAGACCGAGGAGGUUUGUCUGAGGUCGAUGGAGAAGUUGAGGAGUCGCUGUCAGAUAUGGGAGAAGUAGUCAGGACGUGGAGAGCUGAAGCUGCAGAGUCCGAGCUGAGAAACUUGAGUUGUGGAAGCGAAUCAACAGGACUGCUCUCUCUCUGUUGCACGCUGUGAAACAAUGGCAAACUGUCUGUGCCUGCACACGGAUCCUCUGUUAUAAACCGGGAAUACGCGCGUUACAUGCGCUCACAUGGAAUAAUAAACACACCUUCAUCUUGCGUCUUUUUUUUUUUUUUGGCACAAAUCAACAGGAAUACUUCCGAUGAGAGCGCUCAUGGUUAUGUUAUAAGUCGGUGUCAGCUGUAGCAGAAGAAGUGCAACAGAUCUGUCCCCCCCCCCCACCACCCCCCACGUCAGCGUUGAUAAACACGCCGAGUGACACCAUGUGCAGCCCGGGGACGUGGAUGUGGAGAGCCGCUUUGUGCUGCGCGCUUCUGGAAACAUUGCUGCACACUGCCAGAGGUCUCAACAUGUGUAUGAGUGGCAGCGCUACAUCCUGUGAAGAAUGCCUCCUGAUUCACCCCAGUUGCGCCUGGUGCGCACAAGAGGACUUUGGGAGGGGUCGGACUCUGACAUCGAGGUGCGAUUUCAAACAGAACCUGCAUAAGAGAGGCUGUGAUCCGCUGUUCAUAGAGUUCCCCAGCAGCAGCGUUUCUAUCCUGCAGAACAUGCCGCUGAGUGAUAAGGGGUCCGGGGCGACCCAAUACGAUGUGGUCCAGAUUAUGCCCCAGAGCAUCUCUCUCAGCCUGCGGCCCGGAGAACAGACGUGGUUCGGGCUGCAGGUACGGCAGGUGGAGGACUACCCAGUGGAUCUUUACUACCUGAUGGACUUGUCUCUGUCCAUGAAGGACGAUCUGGACACCAUCCGAAACCUGGGCACCAAGCUGGCUCAGGAGAUGGGCAAACUCACCAGCAACUUCAGACUGGGCUUUGGUUCCUUUGUGGACAAAAACAUCUCGCCCUUCUCCUACACAGCACCCAAGUAUCAGGAGAACCCCUGCAGUGGAUACAAACCGUUUCCUAACUGCGUCCCCACCUUCGGUUUCCGUAACAUCCUCUCGCUGACGGAUAAAGUCGACCGCUUCAACGAGGAGGUGCAGAAGCAGAUGGUGUCCCGCAACAGGGACGCACCUGAGGGCGGGUUUGACGCCAUCCUGCAGGCAGCUGUUUGUAAGACGGAGAUCGGGUGGAGAAAGGAGGCGUACCACCUACUGGUGUUCACCACAGAUGAUGUUCCUCAUCUCGCUCUGGACGGUCGGCUGGGAGGCCUCGUCCAGCCGCACGAUGGAAAGUGCCACCUGAACGAGAAGAACGAGUACAGCGCCUCCACAGAGAUGGACUAUCCGUCUCUGGCUCUUCUGGGAGAGAAACUGGCUGAAAACAACAUCUUUCUCAUCUUUGCCGUGACCAAACGUUUCUAUGUGAUUUAUAAGAAUUUUACUGCCCUCAUACCGGGGACCACAGUAGAAAUCCUGGACCAGGACUCCAAGAAUGUGAUCCAGCUCAUCGUCGCAGCGUACAAUAACAUCCGCUCCAAAGUGGAGCUGUCGGUGUGGGAUCACCCGGAGGACAUCAGCCUUUCCUUCACAGCCACCUGCCAGGAUGGAAAACCGCUGCCAGGCCUCAGGAAGUGUGCCGACCUGAAGAUCGGCGACACGGUGUCCUUCAAUGUGAGCGUGGAGGCGAGGAGCUGCCCUCCCCGCGGCACCGACCAGAGCUUCACUAUCAGGCCGGUGGGCUUCAAAGACCGCCUGGAGGUGUCUGUGGAUUAUCAGUGUGACUGUGACUGCAGCAAGAAAGCCCAAACCAACAGCAGCAUCUGCAGCUCCAUAGGUACAUAUAACUGCGGGAAGUGUCAGUGCGAGCCGGGCUACCUGGGAGCCCGCUGUGAGUGCCAGGAGGGCGACACCAGCAGCAUGUACCUGAGCGCCUGCAGGGAGGCCGAGGGCAAGCAGAUCUGCAGCGGGAGAGGAGAGUGCAGCUGCAACCAGUGUCUCUGCUUCAAGUCCGAGUUUGGGAAGAUUUACGGGAGCUACUGCGAGUGUGACGACUUCUCCUGCGCCAGACACAAAGGAAUCCUCUGCUCAGGUCACGGAGAGUGUCACUGCGGGGAGUGUAAAUGCCACGCUGGGUUCGUCGGAGACAACUGUAACUGCUCCACGGAGACGUCCACGUGUGUCUCAGACGACGGGCAGAUGUGCAGCGGGAGAGGAAACUGUGUGUGUGGACGCUGUCAGUGCAUAGAGCCCGGAGCCUUCGGAGAUACCUGCGAGAAAUGCCCCACCUGCCCCGACGCCUGCGGCACCAAAAGGGAGUGCAUCGAGUGUCGGCUCUUCAACUCAGGACGCCUCGCAGACAACCAGACCUGCCAGCGCCUGUGCAAGGACGAAAUCAUCACAGUGGAGACCCUCAAAAUGGACGAGCCCGGCGCUGUUCUCUGUCUCUUGAAGACGGACAACGAUUGUGUCAUGAAGUUCACGUAUUCUGAGCACGUCAGCGGACAGUCCGUCCUCACAGCGCUCAAAGAGCCAGAGUGUGGAGGUGGUCCUGAUGCCAUGAUGGUGCUGCUCGCGGUGGUCGGCAGCAUCCUGCUGGUGGGAGUCGUUCUGCUCGCCGUCUGGAAAACGGUCAUCACCGUCCACGACCGGCGAGAGUUUGCACGCUUCCAGAGCGCACGAUCACGAGCCCGAUAUGAGAUGGCCUCCAACCCGCUGUACAAGCAGCCCGUCUCUACUCACUUUGUGGAAACGGACUUCAGCAUGUACGGGAAGUCUUACAACGGAGUGGUCCACUGAUCCCUCGGCACGGGGCGGCAGGACCGGUCCAACUGAACAGAUCCCUGGAGGACAAUAAGGAGGAG